AUGGCGAGCUCGGUAGAGCAGCAGAUUCGCAACGCCGGAGAGCGCAACAGCCAACUCCUCGAGACACUCGCCAGCACGGACGGCGCGGCAUCAGCACUCGCCCAGCACCAGCGCUUCCAGCAAGAUUUGCAAGACCAGCUCAAGCAGUCCAACCAGCGCCUCCAAAAGCUCCAAGCCCAGCGGCAGAGACGUCUGAGCGAGCACGAAAAAUACCGCGACAGCCACGUGCGUCGCUUCAUGUUCAAAGCGUCUGGAAAACGCGAAAAGUUUGCCCAGCGCGCCGAGGACGGCGAGCGCGAGUAUUUCAAAGUCCUGCAAGACGCGCAGCAGGAGCAGAGCAUCCACGCCGCCAUUACGGCGCAAGCCCAGGAAGCGCAGCGCGCCGAGGCAGAGCUGCAGGCGCACGCGGACCAGCACGAGGCCGCGCAGAAGGAGCUCGACGCGCUGUACGCGCGCAUCUUUGACGGGCCGACGCCGCAGUUUCCAGAGGAAGACGCGCGCGAGCAGCGGUACAUGGCGGCGCUGCAUGCGCACGGCCGGACGCGCAGGCGGUUCGACGCCGAGACGCAGGCGGUCGCGCAGCUUAAUCUGGCGGACCGCGCCAUGACGCAGGCGCUGUACGAGGUUGCGCAGGCGCUGGGAUACUCGCGCAUGGACAUGUUUGGCAGCGGCGGCGCCAUGUCGGACAUGAUGGAACGCAGCCACUUGGCGCGCGCCGACGGGCUGGCGCGAAUGGCGCGCGCCCACGCGGAGCGGGCUCGGCGCGUGUCGUCGAAGGUUGGCGAGCUGCCUCCCGUGCGCAUCAAUCAAGGCAACAUCAUGUCCGACGUCUUUUUUGAUAAUAUAAUCACAGACUAUGCGUUUCACCAGGAGAUUCGCCGUGGACAGCAGGAGCUGAAGCGCUGCUACGAUAGUCUUCAGAACAUGGGCGACGCGGCUGAUGCGCGCAGAAGGAAUCUUGAGGCGCAGCUGGGCAGGCAGGUGCUGGAAUUGAAGACGGCGAGGGCGGACUUGCAGCGUGCGAGGGAGGAGGUGUUUCGAUUGGUGCUGCGGAGGGAAGCGAGUGGUGGUGGUAGUGGUGAAGGUGGCGGUCAUGGGACAGGUGACGACUUGGAGAUUAUAGGCGUUGCCGAGGCGCCACGACGAAUAGACUCUUUGCCUCCGGCUUACGAUGUGGUUAUGGAGGGAGACGCCGCGCCGGCUUACGAUGCUGGGAGUGGUUCAAGUGCUGCACUGAACAGGUCAUGA